CUUAAGUCACGUAUCACUGUGCAUCCAACUACUGGACAACUUGUUGCUCAUGAUAGUGUCAGCCCCGGCUUAUAUACUUUUCAGGCGGUUGCGGUGAAUCCAACGACGAAUGCCAAAGGAUAUGCCAUGGUUCGGCUUACGGUAGAUGCCGCUAAUGAAUGUCCUAAUGGAAUGACAACGGUUUCGUCUACUUUGCUCGUCAAACAUAUUGUGGAGGAAGAGUCUCACACGGACCUGCUGAAUGCAAAGUACGGUCAGUGUGUGUUCACAAUAUUCAGUAUGGAACCUAAUGAUAAAGUAUAUGUGAAGAUUGACAGUCGCACUUACCAAUUAACAACAAUCGCUAUUGAUCGUGAAGACCCUAUUUUUGAGUCAAUGCCAGUAGCACAGGUCCUUGUGCAACUGAAGCUGAAUUGCCCAGGAGUGGCUAACUCAAGGCAACGGAGAUCCACCUGGAGUAGAUACUCAACAGACAACUCCUCUCGUUCAUUAGUCCUUAUAGAUGACAUACCAUUCAACCCAUACCUGACCACCUUAUCCUUGAUCAUAGAAGACGUGAAUGAUCAUAGUCCAGAAUUUGUACAUCCUCCGCAUGGAGACUACAUAAUUGGUUACCCAGAAGUCGACGUGUACUACAACCUUAUGCCUGAAUAUCUAAUCAAAGUUGAAGCUACUGAUCGAGAUGUAGGACUCAAUGCAAAAAUCCGAUACAGCAUGAACGAAAACGAUUAUUUCCAAAUCGAUCCAACUUCGGGGAUUAUAUAUCCAAUCGCGGCGUUACCUUACGGGCUUGAAAGUAUUGAACUGGUGGUGGUAGCAGCAGAUCGAGAUGGCUCUUUUUAUGGAAGGAAGACCAGAGUAAAUUUAAUUGUGAAGGUUUUGACGUCUAACUAUGUGACUAUGUUGACAAUUAAUGAUCAACCUGCGGAAAAUUUUGAGAGCGUUUUGAAAAACGUUAGCUUGGAAGUAGGGGCAGAAGUUUAUAGUUUAAGGUAUGCGAUGUUACCCGCUCGUAGAGACGAAGAAAAUUCUCAGGAGACUUUUGAAAGGUCUGAUGGAAUGUUGGGGACAGCAGAUCAUAGAAUCAUAUUGAGAGCUUGGAUAUAUGCGGUUGACGAAGAAGGACAAUUUGUCGGAGGAUCUGAUGUAGAAGAGAGACUGAAUAACUUACACGGUGAAUACGACUUGGAAACUUCUCCUUAUGCAUCUGAAGCCAAGAGUGAUGAGCUUGUUGCGGACACAUCGGGACUCGUGGCAGGAAUAUCGGUGUUGGGAGUAUUGCUUUUCGCUACAUUAACUGCUGCAUUUGCUUUUUGGUGGUUUUGGCUGCGACCAUACAAUUUCAAGUCAAUUUCAAACGAAACAACUUCAGAGACAAUUUCCUCAGAGGAUAGCAUGGACCACGAAAUGAAAUAUAAAGUUGGAAAUAAUUUUUAUUAUGAAGAUGGCGAUACAUAUGAAGCUGGCCAGCAAUACAAGAAGAAAGCUUCCAUGGCGGUAUCAGGAGCUACUAGCAUGGAUACCUCCGAUGAAAGCAACACAAACAGCUUUGAGGGUUAUAGCAAUAACUCAGAUAGCUCUGAAGGUUCUCGUGGGCAAAAUGAGAGACGCAAAUCUAUUGUCACAUUCAACGAACUUGUUGAAAGGAUAGAUAUUGAGAUAAGCGAGAGUAAUUUCCGGCACCACAAGAAUAACAAUAAUGACAAUGUAAGGUUGUAG